AUUUUAUAGGAAGGUUGUUGUUGUUGUAUUUGUGUCCUCCAUUCAGGAUAGAACACGAAAAGUGAUUAAGACAGCUAUCGACAAAAUCCCUCAUUUCCCCAUUCAAGAGAAUCGAACGUCACCGGGAAGUAAAACUGCUGUUCCUCCGCCUCUGCUCCUCAAAGAUUGUUCUCCGAGAACAGCUCCGCGUUGAUGGACCCCGACGUCGUCGAAAUCUCGCCCCUCGAAAUUGCUCGGAAAGGUAACCUGGUUCAUACAUCUACCGUAUCAGAAUAUGGCCUGGGUGGAGAAAGGGAUCUAUUCAAAGCUCCGGAACCAUUCAUUGGAGAACCAGUUGUGGGCCUUGAUCCCAUGACAGCAGCCAUCUCAAUGAUAUCUUCUGGGGAAGAUGUUAUCUCCACCCAAGGACUCAAGGUUGCAGGCAUUGAAUCACUCCAAAGUGAGCCGCUUUUGAGUGAUGUUUUCUGUGAGUGCAGGGAAGAUCUCUUGGAAAAAGCAGGAAUAGAAUCACCUCUCUCGAAAGUCCUUGGUAUGAAGAUUCCUCUUUCGGGGACUGCUGAAAACCAAAUUCAAGAAAACAAACCACUUCCUGAUGUACCAUUUCAGAAUAGUGUCAGCUCAGAAUGUUUAAGCUCAUUGGAGUGGAUGCAUGGAGCUGCAGUGAAACCAAAUUUCCUGGAUUUUCCUGGGAUGGAUUUUGGUGCAGUUUACAGGAUGCAGAGAGAAUUUAGUCAAAGAGACAUUAAGGCAAGGGAUGGGUUCGGGCAGUGCUGGUUUGGUGUUGCCUCCUCUUCAUGCGUUACUGAAGACCGCCAGGAAAAGCUCUCCAGAUACAGGAAUAAGAGGAAAAAGAGGAACUUCGGCAGGGAAAUCAAGUUUGAUCAGAGGAAGAAGUUGAUGGGCCUCCCAACUAGUGGUGAUGAGAUGCAGAAACAGGAGAUUCUGAAGAAAUUCAUGGCUGAGCAUCCGGAGGUGGACUUUUCAAAACAGGGCUAGGUUCAUUAUUUUGGCCCAUCGAACUUUGGGCCGAGCCCAGGCUUU